AUGUUUAAGGGUCAGUCACUCCCAGGGUCACAGUGUACUAAUGACAGUGACAUGUUUAAUGGUCAGUCCCUCCCAGGGUCACAGCGUACUAAUGACAGUGACAUGUUUAAUGGGCAGUCGCUCCCAGGGUCACAGUGUACUAAUGACAGUGACAUGUUUAAUGGGCAGUCCCUCCCAGGGUCACGGUGUACUAAUGACAGUGACAUGUUUAAGGGUCGGUCCCUCCCAGGGUCACAGUGUACUAAUGACAGUGACAUGUUUAAUGGUCAGUCCCUCCCAGGGUCACAGCGUACUAAUGACAGUGACAUGUUUAAGGGUCGGUCCCUCCCAGGGUCACAGUGUACUAAUGACAGUGACAUGUUUAAUGGUCAGUCCCUCCUAGGGUCACAGCAUACUAAUGACAGUGACAUGUUUAAUGGUCAGUCCCUCCCAGGGUCACAGUGUACUAAUGACAGUGACAUUUUUAAUGGUCAGUCCCUCCCAGGGUCACAGCGUACUAAUGACAGUGACAUGUUUAAUGGUCGGUCCCUUUCAGGGUCACAGUGUACUAAUGACAGUGACAUGUUUAAUGGUCGGUCCCUUUCAGGGUCACAGUGUACUAAUGACAGUGACAUGUUUAAUGGUCAGUCCCUCCCAGGGUCACAGCGUACUAAUGACAGUGACAUGUUUAAUGGUCGGUCCCUUUCAGGGUCACAGUGUACUAAUGACAGUGACAUGUUUAAUGGUCAGUCCCUCCCAGGGUCACAGCGUACUAAUGACAGUGACAUGUUUAAUGGGCAGUCUCUCACAGGGUCACAGCGUACUAAUGACAGUGACAUGUUUAAUGGUCAGUCCCUCCCAGGGUCACAGCGUACUAAUGACAGUGACAUGUUUAAUGGGCAGUCUCUCACAGGGUCACAGCGUACUAAUGACAGUGACAUGUUUAAGGGUUGGUCCCUCCCAGGGUCACAGUGUACUAAUGACAGUGACAUGUUUAAGGGUUGGUCCCUCCCAGGGUCACAGUGUACUAAUGACAGUGACAUGUUUAAUGGUCAGUCCUUCCCAAGGUCACAGUGUACUAAUGACAGUGACAUGUUUAAGGGUCAGUCCUUCCCAGGGUCACAGUGUACUAAUGAAAGUGACAUGUUUAACAUUUUGUCCCUGCUUGGAUGA